AUGGCACACCUCUCACGGUACGAUAAGAUAGGCGAUGCUAGAUCUAGGUACUAUAAUGUCAAUGGUGCAAAUCUAAAAACGAUGCAGUUUUCCUGGAAAAAUUUUCAUGUAAUGUCUUUCAUAUUAAUUACACAAACAAUCCUCAAUAAUGGAUCACCAAUUAAAGAUACUUCAGACAUAGACGAAGCAGAUGUAAAAAAAGUAUCCAGUAGAAAACCAAAAGCCAUAAAUUUAUAUGAUUUUUUAUCGCAAGGUGGAUUAAAUGGUCCAAUUGUAGAUCCAUCCGAUUACUAUAGUUACGAUGACACCGACAAUGAAGUUUUAAGUCGUGCCAACGGUCCUGGUUACUCGAAUAAUCCACGACGUCAUAUUAACUCCCCAAUUUAUUACAUCCGUUUACCCCCAGCACCAUAUAUGUACGUUUCUGGUUUGGGUUAUGUAUCUCAUCCACCAUCGGUAUCUCCACUAGGUCCAACAACGAAUUCUUUCAUAAAUUUACCUAUAAGUUUUGUUUCAAAUGGUAAACCAUCAAAUGUGUACCAAUGGUCCGAAGGAUAUCGACCACCAUCAAUGGUCAAGCCUACAACAACGACUACAUCUACAACAACCACACCAAAACCGUAUCUUUAUGCACCAAAACCCGAUUCAACAAUACAUCGUUUACCGGGACAAUAUGUAUUUAAUGGGAAGCCACAGGAUAAUAUUGUUGUGUUACGGGACUCGUAUAAUUCAUUAUAUGCGGAUGCGUUACAAAAUUUCUAUCCUUAAAAAUAAGUCUGAUAAUUAGAUGGGGCAGAAUUCA